CGUAGGGGGAUUUCCAGCACGCGCCCCGACUUCCCGAAGCAGCGCUUGUUUUGCUUUCGGUCUGAAUGCAGAAACAGAAAUAAACCACCGACACCAUCUCUGUUUUUUUUUUUUGCAUUUUUAAGCCCUCCGACUGCCCGACUUCCGCGGACAGAGCGAAUUCCACCCGACAGCGGCGCUGAGGAGCCCCAGGCCGGCCGAGCUGACCAGAUCGCAAUGCCAGUAGAGAGGAUGAGGAUGAGGCCCUGGUUGGAGGAACAGAUUAAUUCUUGUCAGAUCCCAGGACUGAAAUGGGUUAACAAAGAGAAGAGAAUCUUCCAGAUCCCCUGGAUGCACGCGGCGCGUCACGGCUGGGACCUGGAGAAAGACGCUCCGCUCUUCAUGAGAUGGGCCAUUCACACCGGUAAAUACCAGCCUGGUGUGGACCGACCCGAUCCCAAGACGUGGAAGGCUAAUUUCCGCUGUGCCAUGAACAGCCUGCCCGACAUCGAGGAGGUGAAGGACAAGAGCAUCAAGAAAGGAACCAAUGCCUUCAGAGUUUAUAAGAUGCUCUCCUCCUCCGAGAGGAGCUUGAAGAAAGGAAAGAAGAAGGCAGAUAAGGAAGGGAAGGCAAAGGCAAGUAAAGAGGGAGCUUCUCUGUCUCCAAACACGACUUUUUCUGAAGGCUUUGCCGGACCCAUCGACUGCUCCAGACAGGCCAGGCUUAAAGAGGAGGCUCUGGAGCUCACAGUGACCAACCGUACAUCAGCCAUGGCCACUUCAGCCGGGGAGCAGCUGAUCCAAAGCGAGCAGCUGCCGGACGUGUGCCAGACCAUCGAGGUGACCACGGAGAACGAGGAGCAGACCGUCAGCUCCUCCCACUCCUACCCGCUGCAGAUCUCUCCUGUGUCUUCGUGCGGCAGCGACACAGAGAGCGACACAGAAGACAACAAAGAGGCCGUGGGUCUGACGUGGAAGCGGGAGUACCCGUCGGUUCUGCGCGUCCCGCCGUGUUCCCUCCCCAGCAUGGCCACCUUCGUCAGCCCCAGCAUGUCCAACUUCAGGGUCACCAGCCUGAAGGACCCCGCGCCGCUCAUCAGCUACCACAUCGACGGCUGGACGCCCGCCUACAGCCAAAACUCUCACGCUUCCUCGCCCAGCGCCAGUCCCAGCGAGGUGCGCGCCAGCGUCAUCAGGAAGACCUCUGACGUCACGUCGUCCUGAC